AGAUGGACUCUCACGAUGGCUAUAUAUUGGUGCUUCCAACACCUCCCGGGCAGACUGGACUUUGUUCCUCAGACAGCAACCAACAAGCACAAUAACACAAGCACUCGAACCACUUACACCCUCGACGCACAUCGCAACAUCACUUUUGCAUCGCUUUGAGCGAACAAACUCUACAACAACACAUCACCAACCAUCUACCAUUACACACCAACCAUCAAAAUGGCCUUCUUCGCUUCUCGCCCGUCCGCCUCCCUCUACGAGCCCAACUACUCGGGCCUCUUCCGGCUGAUUGACGAGUUCAACAACUACGCGGCCGAGGCCAACGCUUCCGACGCCGACGCCCCCGCCCCCAGCUCCAACAACCAGGCCCUCACCAACUCCACCGGCGGCAACAACAACGGCGUCAGCAACAGAGCCAACAAGCGGCGCUCGCUGCACAACAGCCUGCCCAUCUGGACGCCCAAGUUCGACCUGCAAGAGACGCCCAGCACGUACGUCCUGCACGGCGAGUUCCCGGGCGUCGAGAAGAAGGACAUCCACAUUGAGUUCGCCGACGAGCAGACCAUGUCCAUCCGCGGCCGCUCCGAGCGCGUCCAGACCCACUCCAGCGAGGACGUUGAGGAGGCGACCGGCAAGGACGCCGGUAAGGACGCCGGCAAAGAGAAGGAGAAGGACUCGGGCGCCCAGCAGGAGUCCAACGGGAAGGAGGUGGCCCACCAGGACAAGAGCAAGCAGCAGGUCGGCGCCCAAAGGGAGCAGCGGCCCCAGCUCAAGUACUGGGUCGCGGAGCGCAGCCUCGGCGAGUUCGCCCGCUCCUUCACCUUCCCCAGCCGCGUCGACCCCAGCGGCGUCGUGGCCAAGCUCGACAAUGGCGUGCUAAACCUUGUGGUGCCCAAGGCCGCGAAGCCCCAGGGAAGGAAGAUCACGGUGACGUAAUCCGCUGGACACCAAGGUCGAAAGAUUGUGACUUUUCUUUGCAGGAAAAGCGUUGUUUUACCGGAAUGAGCGUUGAGGUGGUUUUAUCAAGCGCGUGACGAAUAUCGACUGUAAAGCUAGCUGUUUUCAUUGUAUUUUUGCAGUUAAUCAAGUUCGGGUUUGCAGA